AUGAUCGAUGGAACUCUGAGGCGAAAUUUUCCUUCGCCGGGAAGGGCGAGGGAGCCGCCGCCGCCCGGGGUGUCGAUUGGAUGGCCUACCAACGGGAUGCUGGUGGUAUCUGUAUCUGUCAUGAAUGAUCCAGUGCAUCCCAAGCCUAAUCAUUUGGAAGAGUUUUAUGAUGUCCUCAAUUUCUGUCGGCAUCCUCGUCGAGGGUUGCGGUGUCACCAUGGUUGGGGGAAUGGUUGGUUGGGUAGUAGGCAAAAUCGUCCACAAUCCAAUAUCGAAAAUCUGCCGCGGGGUGUCGUACUCGAUGGUCACUGGCACUGGUUUGUCGGGCCUGUCGGCGGCUGCCAGUCGCUCAGCAUCUCAUCGCUCAUCCUCGAGGCUUCCCAUACAUUUUCUCGACGUAAGCACCAGCUUGUCGGGUACCUGACAAUUGGUGGUCGGGUGGCAGUGGCGGAGAAUGACGACGAUAUGUGGCGGGUGGAGGUGGCAGCAACGGUGGCGAUGGAGGUGGUGGUGGAGUACGUGUGUCAGUGGUUGAUGGUGGGGACGGUGGAGAACAUAGAGGAGCUUUUGUCCUUCGCAGCCAUGUCCCUGAGCAGAAUAACGAGCCGGGUCUCGAGGACCGUGCUAACUCAGUGCCGCAACUCGGCGCUCCUCAUCGGCCGCCAUGAAAACAAUCACUUUCAAAAUUCAUCGAAUAUAUUAAUUUCCUCGCGUGGGCUAAGUGAUAAGCCAGAUGACGAAGCUGCUGCUGCUGCUGCAACUGAUGAUAUUCCUCGAACUGAAGCGGUCGAAAAUGCCGAAUCAGGUCCUCAAAUUAGUACUUCCGAGACUCCUAAGAGGAAAAGAGGUGCUAAACGAGUUGCGUUUUCUGAUUCUGAUUCAGAUUUGGAGCCUGACCUCUCCAGGGAUGACCUGGUAAAGCUCGUGGCCGAGAAGGAACAGCUUCUAGCCACAAAGCAGGAAGAGCUGGAGCAGGUGAAGGAUACAGCCAUGAGGUCAUUGACUGAGAUGGAAAACACAAAGGAGCGUGCCCUACGUGAAGCCGAAAGUGCCAAGAAAUUUGCUAUUCUGAACUUUGCUAAAAGCCUUUUGGAUGUAGCGGAUAAUCUGGGUAGGGCUUCUUCUGCUGCAAAAGAGAGUUUCUCAAAAGUGGAUGUGUCUAAGGAUGCAUCUGUAGCCACUCAACAGCUCAAAACACUUCUUGCAGGUGUUGAAAUGACUGAAAAACAACUGAACGAGGUAUUUAGAAAGUUUGGGCUAGAAAAAUACGACCCGGUAGAUGAAGAAUUUGACCCAAACAGGCAUAAUGCCGUGUUCCAAGUUCCGGAUCCUUCCAAGCCAGCCGACCGUGUUGCAGUUGUUCUAAAGGCUGGAUAUAUUCUGCACGAUCGAGUUAUAAGGCCAGCUGAAGUUGGCGUAACAGUGGCAGCAAACAGUGAGGAGGGUGAGAAGGCAUCUGAGGACUGA